GCCCCGCCCCGGGGGCGCUACUUUCGGAACUGUUGGGGUGCGGCGAGCCGGCUCCCCGGGUCCGGUUGGGGUUGCCGAGGAGCCGCCUCCUCCCGCGAGGGGACCCCGGGGAGGCAGCGCCCGCCUCCGGGUAGGUGCCGCAGCCUCGCAGUGUGUGCAAUCGGGACUCCGGGUCACACACACACACACACACACACACGCACGCACACACACCCGCCGCGACGAUGGGGUCAGGUCGCGCUCCAUUCGAAGACAAGGUCAGUGCCCGCGUCCUAAGUCUCUGUGCGGUCGGGCCGCCUCGUUCGAUUCAUCCCCCACGUAUUGGCUUUGUGGCUUUUGGCCGGUCCCUUGACCUCUCUGUGCCUCACCUGACUGCUUUGUAAACCGGGGAAAAUGAUAGCACCUAAGUCGUGGGGUUGUUGUGAGGCUUCAGCGAGUUAAGAUGCGUAACACGCACCAGGCACAGAGUAAGAACGAUUCAAAGAUUUGCUGUUAUCAUUGCUAUUGUUACUUCUCAUUAUGACGGCCUGUUCUCUUUCAUGAAUGACCUUGGCUUUUCUUACGUUUAAGUUUUAGGGCCAUCUGUCAGUUUUCUUCGUGAUGAACGAUUUCUCUAUUUUAGAAAGGAAAAUAAAAUACUCUCAAGAAGAGCCUGUCCCUAAGCAAAGACCCAAGCUGUACUUCAAGGAAAAUUCCAGCGAUCAUCUCUGUUCAUCCAUAAAUACAACUACAGAUCCUCCUGCAGGAGCACGGCGGCCCACUAGAGCCAGAUCCAGGAUGGCUGGAGAAUCGGCGGAGAGCACAGCCUGGGACGCCCAGCCCACAGAGAACCACAUGGGGCCUCUGGUGGCGAAGACGGAAGCCGGAGAGGCCUCUGCCCCCGUGCGGGACGCCAGCCCCCAUCGGGGUCCUGAACACUCGCGCCGGCGCUUCCGGGGCUUCCGCUACCCUGAGGCCGAGGGGCCCCGCGAGGCGCUGAGCCGGCUCCGCGAGCUGUGCCGCCAGUGGCUGAGCCCGGAUAUACACACCAAGGAGCAGAUCCUGGAGCUGCUGGUGCUGGAGCAGUUCCUGACCAUCCUGCCCGCCGAGCUCCAGGCCUGGGUGCGGGGACAGCACCCGGAGAAAGGGGACGAGGUGGUGGUGCUCCUGGAGCACCUGCAGAGACAGCUGGAGGCGCCGACACCGCAGGUCCCAGGUGGUGACCAGGGCCAAGAGCUUGUCUGUCGCGAGAUGGCAGCACUGGCACCUUCCCGCGGAUCACGGAGUGCCCAGUUCCAGCCGGUGAGGGCUCUGCUCAAGCAUGAAUCUCUGGGAUCACGGGCCUUACCGGGCACAGUUCUCCAGGGUCCUGGGCUUGCCCCGGGAGGGCGCUGCAGAGGAGACGCAGUGGUGGCGGCCAGGCUGCCGCCAGAGCCCCAGGGCUUGCUGAAAACGGAAGACGUGGCCCUGGCUUUCUCCUCUGGCUGGGCGCAGCUGGAUUCCUCUCGGGGGAGCUUCCACGGAGAUGAAGGGCGGGAGAACCCCGGCGGCCUGACCUCCCCGGGUGGUGAAACAGAGGCCGAGAUCCGGGCCCUGCCUGUGGACGAGGUCCGGCCAGUACAAGAGUCUGGGGGAAUACCACGCCCCCUGCGUGAAGACACUGCCCAGAUUCCUGAAGGCACUGAAGCUGGCGAACAGGAGGGCAGGUUCCCGAGAAAGCAGAAAACUGCCACAGGAAGUAGGCGGCACUACUGUCAUGAAUGUGGAAAGAGUUUUGCUCAGAGUUCAGGCCUGACUAAACACAGGAGAAUCCACACCGGGGAGAAACCCUAUGAAUGUGAAGACUGUGGCAAGACCUUCAUCGGGAGCUCUGCCCUCGUCAUCCAUCAGAGAGUCCACACUGGGGAGAAACCCUAUGAGUGUGAGGAAUGUGGCAAGGUGUUCAGUCACAGCUCAAACCUCAUCAAACACCAGAGAACCCACACUGGGGAGAAGCCCUACGAGUGUGAGGAGUGUGGGAAAACCUUCAGCCAGAGUUGCAGCCUCCUUGAACAUCACAAAAUCCACACAGGGGAGAAGCCGUACCAGUGCAACAUGUGUGGCAAAGCCUUUAGGCGGAAUUCACAUCUCCUCAGACACCAGAGGAUCCACGGCGAUAAAAAUGUGCAGGAUCGUGAAUGUGCAGAGACCUGGGAGAGUCAGGGGAGGGUGGAAAGCCGGUGGGAAAACGUUGAGGCUCCCGCGCCUUACACAUGUAAUGAGUGUGACAGGAGUUUCACUCGGAGUAGAAGCCUUAUCGAACAUCAGAAAAUCCACACUGGUGAGAAACCCUAUCAGUGUGACACAUGUGGGAAAGGCUUCACCCGAACUUCAUACCUUGUUCAACACCGGAGGAGCCAUGUUGGAAAGAAAGUUCUAUCACGGUGA